UUGCACGUUCUUGUGCCGCAGGACCUCAAAGUAAAGCGCCCCCGUCACCUAAUUUGUACCUCAGUCCCAUUUUCCUUCACAAGCGAUGUGAUGCCCAAGUCGAUACGUAUAUACAAAUAGAAUACUGCUUAGAUACUACUUACAGCUGCCAUUCACCACUUAGCCCCCUUUUCGGCACAGGGGUACAACUGCGGGGUACAGCUUGUUUCUGCCUUGCCGCGGCAGCGGCAUUUGAACCAUGCUAACCAAGGAAAUUAGUUUAUCAAUGCGACUGCUAGCGGGAGGUCUCCGUGCGGCAGCAGGGGGCGCGGCCGUCUCCGCAACUUCCGCCAGCAAGCUCACGCGGCGACCCUUGCCAGGCGCUUCGGCCUGGCUGCUAUUAUCUCACCAUCGUGCAACAAUGGCUCGUGGCACGAGAAGCCUGGCGAGGACAGACGGACUAGGGUCUCGGCCAUUCGCAGCUGAGCACCUCAGCGCCCCAGCUUUUGGCUUUUCGGCAUCCUCAGCUGCAGGUCUUGGAUUUGCAGUUCUCGGCCUCGGCUUUUUGUGUGGCGGCUCGGAGCCCGGCGGCAUGGCGACGGCGCUGUCCGCGGCGGCGCUGCUCAACGGCGCCCUGCUUGCACACGAGGCGGGUCACCUGGCGGCGGCGCGGGCGCUGGGCGUGGCGGUGGGCGAGUUCGCAGUCGGCGUGGGGCCGCGCGUGGCGUGGUGGCAGGGCGCCACCGGCACCACCUACUCGCUCCGCGCCUUCCCGCUCUUCGGCUAUGUCACCUUCCCCUCCGCCGCGCAGCUGGGCCCGCAGGGCUUAGCUGCGCUGCAGGCCGCCGCCGCCGCCGCCGGCCGCCGGCCGCGGGUGCUGCUGGAGUGGCUCAGCCCGGGGCGGCGGGCGGCGGUGGUGGCGGCGGGCGUGGCAGCCAACGCGCUGCUGGCGGCCGCCUUUGUGGCGUACCAGGUGGUCAGCUACGGCGAGCUGGGGGUGGUGGUCCGGCCCGGGGCGCGCGUGCGCCUGGCGGAGGGCUACGGCAGCGCGGCUGAGUCGGCGGAGCUGCUGGCGGCAGAGGCGGCGGCGGAGGGCACCGCAGCAUCGUCGUUGGAGGCGGCGGUGGGAGAGCGUCAUGCGGCGAGUGGGGCGGAGCAGGAGGCGGAGGCGGCGAAGCAGUGGCGGCGGCUGCGGGCGGGGGAUGUGGUGCUGCGGGUUGGCGGCACGGCGCUUCCAGCCGGCGGCGACAUGGAUGCAGCCAUGGUGCGUGCGCUGGAGAAGGAGGCGCUGGCGGCGGUGGCGGCGGCGGCGCGCGGCCGGGGCGGCGCCGUCGGCGCAUGCGGCGGUGCGGCGGCGACUCUGGAGGGCGUUGGAAUGGCGGUGCUGCGCACGGCGGCGCCGGAGGCGGGGGAUGAGGCGGCCGCCAGCAGGCGGGGGCGGCAGGAGGUGCUCCAGAUGGACGCAGCGGAGGUGCUCAGAUACGAGACGCUGGUGGUGGGCCCCAACUCGGCGGCCGGCUACCGGCGGCCCGGCAGCGCCACAGAGGCGGCACACAUGCUCGGCCGCGAGUACUACAGCUGGGCCAGCGUGGUGCUGCGGUCGUGGGCGGAGGCAGCCUCCGCCGCCGUGUCCUUCGCCAGGGGCGGCAGUAGCCAGGAAGCCGGGGCACCAGCAGCAGCAGCACAGGCCGGCAGUAGCAGCAGCAGCGUGAGUGGGGCGGGCGGCUCGGCGCAGAUGGUGGGGCCGCUGGGGCUGGUGGCGUCAGCGGCGGCGAUGGCUGUAGCUGCGGACCGACAGAGCCGUGCGCCGAGCUGCUACAGCUGUGAGCAGGAGGCUGCGGGGAUGGCGGCGGGCGGCGGCGCCUCUGGAUCCGGGGUUGCUGGCGCAACUGCCGAAUCCGGAUCCAUGUCGUACAGCGAGCAGCCGCCAGCGCUGUUGGAUCUCGGGAUCCAACUCAACCUUCAGUUGGCUGCGGUCAACAUGCUGCCGCUGCCGGUGCUGGACGGCGGGCAGCUGCUGCUGGUGGCGCUGGAGGCGGCGCGCGGCGGCCGCCGGCUGCCUGCGGGGGUGGAGCGGUGGGCGCUGGUCGCCAGUGCGCUGCUGGUGGGUGGCUGGGUGGCGGCUCUGAGCCUGGCAGACGUGGUGGGGCUGGCGGACAAGGCCGCGGGCCGACUGGCGGUCGCCCUGACCUCGAGCAGCAGCCCCCACGCGGCCGGGUCGCAGCAUCAGCGCCAGCUACAGCUGGCAGUUUCGGUGGGCGGCAACAGCAGCAGCAGCAGCGGCGGCAGUAGCAGCGGCAGUGGCGGUGUGCAAGGCAUCUCACGCGGCUUCGCUGCGGAUGCGGCUGCUGCCCUGGACGCCGCCACCGGGGCGUGGGCGGUGUGAGGUGCCCUUCUGUCGCGGCUUGUUUUACAAUAGCACAAGAAUGUAUAGCAUUGAAUUUUAUACACGCGCCCUUGCUUUGCGUGCAGCUGUGCCAUUUGCAGAAUACGGCUUAAUCUGAAGUCAUGAGGGGUUUAUCGUGGGGGUUUAUUAACUUGGCAGUUGAAGCAGAUAAUGUUGUUACGGCAAUGCUGCUGAAUUGCGCGUGCUGUACGGCAUCGUUGUUGGCUGUCCAAACGACUUUUGCAUUGUUUGUACGGCGUGGCAAUCAUUGCGACAUGCCGUACCACGCGCGUAGCUUUAAGCGUUGCGUAUUGGUGUACGAAAAUGGUGAACGUUGGUGCUGGGAAAUAACAGGAGGGGAUGGUAGGCAUUUGAGUGGUUCAUAGGACGCGGCACAGGUGGGUUGUGCGUGCUGAGGGACACCCGACGCGCGCUCUUGCCGACAGCGCAAGCAAUAAAGUAGCUUAGCAGGCCGAUGGACAGUCACGGAAUGAGCAGGAGCAAAAGGUUUUGCUGGUUUCCCACAGCGCCUCACGUGCUGAGCGCGGUGGGGACUGGGGUUCAGGGAUUGCGCGCCCGCUGGCACGGCGGGAGGCGCGGAGACCAUGCUCAGGUGUUGGUGUGGUGUUUCAAUGUGUCAUUCGAGCACGCCUGAAGAAAUUUUGAAGAGUGCGUGAGCUUGGAGAUGAGAGGUUGUGAGAGACUGAGAGCGCAUGGCGGAAGUGAAGAGAGCUGAAGAGUCAGGCCCUACCUUGGGCUCUACAAUGCACGUACUGGCAUGCACGCGGGUUUCGUACCGUCGUACGUAACAUGAUAUGAACGGGGCGCUGGCAGCCUCACCCCGGCCGCGGUGUGCGUGUUGAUGUGCGCCCGCAUGCCUGGCGGUCACAGGCUGCCGAACGCACAUGUAACACCAUGGCACGUCUGAGAGACUGCGCCAUUCACCAGUGCCCGAGGCAGUAGUGGCAAGGCAGAGGUGGCAACGCCGAACGGCUAAGGCGCGGCAGCUGGGGUCAGUGGGGUGUGGGCAUGCGGCUGUACACCUGUGUAGCGGUGCAUGGCUGUCGCGGCUGUACCCUUUCACAAACCCUGCGGAAAGUCCCAAGCAGUCUCCAAUGGUCAUUCCUGUGUCAUGGGGGGAGGGCGGUUUCCCUUCGGGCCGGAGAUGGUUCCCUCCUGACCUGGGUGCUGGGUACCCUUGCUUGGUCGGACUGUCCCUUCUUGUAAUGUCGCAUUCAC